AGCCUGCAGGAAAGGCGCUGCCAUUCCCGCCAGCCACCGAAGGCGGCGUGUGAGCCGGAGCUGAAGAAGAAAACUCUACGGACAUCCUGGUCUGUACCACUUGAAGAAAAAGCCGGAGUAGAGGGAGGGAAGCAAAGAGACAUAUAACCCAGGAGGACUGGUGGUUUCUCGGUAGUUUCCAGGCAGAGGCAGGGACCCCAAGGGCUCGGUCGCUCGAAAACCAACUGCAGGAAUUAGGUGAUUGGAGCCUCAAAGAUUUACAAGACUGUUGGAAGAAUAAAUCUUGUUUCUACAAGAUCAGAACUGAAUUAAAUGGCUGAUAAACAGAUUAGUUUACCUGCCAAGCUGAUCAAUGGAGGCAUAGCCGGGCUCAUUGGGGUCACCUGUGUGUUUCCUAUUGACUUGGCAAAAACACGUUUACAGAACCAACAGAAUGGCCAGAGGAUGUACACCAGUAUGUCUGACUGCCUUAUUAAAACAAUCCGGUCUGAAGGAUAUUUUGGGAUGUACAGAGGGGCUGCAGUGAAUCUCACACUCGUGACUCCAGAAAAAGCCAUCAAGUUAGCUGCCAAUGAUUUCUUUAGGCACCAUCUUGCCAAAGAUGGGAGGAAGCUGACAUUACUAAAAGAGAUGCUGGCUGGCUGUGGGGCAGGGACCUGCCAGGUGAUUGUCACCACUCCCAUGGAGAUGCUUAAAAUCCAGCUGCAAGAUGCAGGCCGAAUUGCUGCUCAGAAAAAGUCCAUGAUAACACAAGCGCAGCUCAGCCCAUCCACUGGCACUGGGGCCGCCGAGUCGGUGGUGGAGACGCGAAUGACAGCGAUGCAAAUCACAAGAGACUUGCUUCGGAGCAAAGGCAUUGCAGGACUGUAUAAGGGACUUGGAGCCACAUUGCUCAGGGAUGUCCCAUUUUCCAUUGUUUAUUUUCCACUGUUUGCCAACCUGAACAAGCUGGGGCAGAAGAGCCCUGAAGUAAAGGCUCCAUUCUAUGUCUCCUUCCUGGCUGGGUGCAUGGCAGGCAGCACCGCAGCCGUAGCGGUCAAUCCUUGCGAUGUAAUCAAAACAAGACUUCAGUCCUUGCAGAGGGGAGUCAAUGAGGACACCUAUUCAGGGAUAAUAGACUGUGCCAGGAAAAUCUGGCGUAAUGAGGGUCCCUUGGCCUUUUUUAAGGGGGCUUAUUGCAGAGCCUUGGUCAUUGCCCCACUGUUUGGUAUUGCACAAGUUGUCUAUUUCAUCGGCAUUGCUGAAUUCAUCCUCGACAUGCUUCCAGGGCACCGGGAUUAACCUCCCGCACUUCUCCCCAUCCACUUGGAAUUCAUCAUAGUAUUCUUGUCAUUGUGAUGUCAGAGCAACAGCACAAAAAGUUUCAAACAGUAAUAGUGGGAAUGAAUGUUGUCUCCAAACAAAGUUAUUUUUCCUCACAUCAGCAUGACCCAGGAGGAUCCCUAAAUAGUCACAUCUGUUUUUUAAUUAUCAGUUUUAAAGACACUGCUUAGCACAGACUGUCUGACUGGCCUGCUGUUCCUCUUGGCUAGGGGAAGAUGAGCCCCUCCCCCUGGAACUGCCAACAAAUUGAGAAGGAGCAAAAGAACGGGACGUGUUUCCCUGCCCCUAUUCUUGGGGUUAGGUCUCUGGGGAAAAGAAGGGGCUGGUACCCAAUAAAAGGGAGGUCACUUUGACCGAGGCAAUUAUUGAGAUCAAAAUAGUUGUUUUUAGAUAGGUCUCCUGAACAUCCCUCCUAAUGAACUUUUCAAUAUUGCGAGAGGGCAAAGGGAAAGCUGCACCUCAAUGUUUUGGUUUUAUGAAAGGGCCAGCCUUCAUAACGGGCAUGCAUGGGCAAAUGUACGCAGGACAACCGUGCAUUUGCCCUCUGAAGCCUCAUCCGUGGGAAUACGGUGAUGUCCAGGGUCAUGAAUUAGCUGUGAGCCAUGAGAGUUGGGAGAAACCAUAUUAUUUUUGGUUUGAUCAUUUUCAGAAAAUAAUAUGCUGGAUAAAACUCCAGUCUGAUAACAUAAAUACUCCUCUCUUUCAGCCUGAGAUGUCUAUGCUACUUUUUACCCCAUCCUGGGUUUCAUUCAUCUGUGUCUUUUUAUCUGUCUGUAGAAUAUGUAUGUGGCUCCCUUAUUUUAGUCUGGAAUUACAGAUGAUGGCAAAGGCAACUGAACUUUCUUGUGGCCAGUCAGCGCUACAAAAGAGCAGAUGGAACAGAGAAGCAGAGUUUGGUGGGAAAAAUCUUGCAUAUUCCUUGAUGUUUAGGCACACCAAAGUCAAAGAAGUUAACCUAUUUUAUACCACCUGGUUACCAAUUUUUCCCCUGAACAACACAUUGCCUUUUUCAGAUGCCAGUUUUAAUUGUAAAGGGGAAGUUUGCCUAUUUGUCUAUUGUUUCCAUAAAGUCAUCCAUGCAUACAUGUUCUCAUUUCAAGCUGGCUUUCCUUUGUUUUUCCCCUGCAUUUGCUGUUUUGAUGGAAAAAGCCAUUCCAUUAUUGGCUGUUUCUUUUUUGUUUCUUUUUCUUGGCUUUGGUUAGUUCAGGCAGCUGCUUCUCAGCGCUCUUUGAAUAUCCAACACUAGAGGGCAAUUUUUUAAAAGGAAAAUAUUUCUUUUUAAAAAUUACAACACUUUUAUUCUUGGGGGACAGAAGAUCUGAUUUUUGGCAUGUAAGAGGGUUUUUGCUUGCAUUUUGGAUUUCUUUUUCUUGUCUCUGUAGAUUGUUUUAACUGUUAUUAUCUUUAUCCCAUUCCAUAGAAAGGAAUUUUAUAUAGAUAUGCCUUCUCUGUUCAGAAAUGUUCCUGGAUUCCAGAUCUAAACGUUAACCAUGUUCACAUUCCUUAUUGGAUCCUUUGAACAAUAAGAAUUUUUUUUUUAAUGUGGCAUUUAUUUUUCUACUUGCUCAUUCAAAUUCAAUGUUAAAGCCAUGUCUGUUUUGGAAAGUUAGUGUAGGGUUGCAAAUGGUCAAAAUAACUGCGGAGCUGCUAAGACUAGUUUAGAAUAGGACCUAUAUUUAAUAAUAUUUGUUUCAUUACACCCAGAUUUUUCUUCACUUUAAGUCCUUUUGUAAGCAUUUAAUCAUGGUUUAAAACUUGUUUUGCGGUAUUUGUCUCACCCAGCUAAUCAGAUGUCAUUCAACGAAGGGAUGCCUUAAGGAUUCACUGUUAAACCACCAAAUAUAAUGGCACAUAUCUGAGCUCAUUGCAACAAUAUAUUUUGAUAUUUAUGAAACAGAGAUCAAGCAAAUGUUUGGUGUUUUAGGAAGCACAAGCAUUAGGAUUAGUUGAUGCACUUUAAUAAGCAAAGAUUAGAUGAGACCUUGUUUUAACCAACCCCUUGGUUAAAUGAAAACUUUUAAAAAAUAUAUUUGUCAAUUAAAAAAAAACCCAGAUGUUUAAUGUCAUCUGCAAUAGUGUCUACAAGAUUAAUGGUCUGAAGUUCUAUUUUAAUUACAGGUGAGCCUUUGCCUGGGUGAAAACAUGGAUAAAGAAAAUUACCUGUGCCUCAACUAUAUCCAGAUUAAUAAAGUUGUCACUAGAUUGCAGCUGCAUGCUUUAUCAAGCAAAUUUCCUGCUGAGUUGUGGGUCAGCACUACUGCUGGAAAAGGGAGAAAAAGCACUACUUUUUGGGGAUAAGGAAAACGUUCCCGUGCCCCAGAUGUAGUAAAAUAAGGUGUUAUUUCCCAGGCCUUCAUAUUACCUAGCAAUUUAAUGUUUAAUGCUAAUAUUCUUAUAUCUAUUUUAAGGCAUGCUUAUGCUGCAGAGACAAUCUAAUUGGAGUUUAAUGUUUUUAAUAUUAGUGUCUGAAUGCUUGUCAGAGGGCCUUGUGACUCCAUGGGGCCAUAGUUAGCUGGGUUCUUUCCUUCUACGGAAAUUGUGAAUCACUGCAGUAUAGACAGCCUCUCUCCUGGAGUUUCCUAGGUUUCCUGAUUCCCAAAGGAUUACUCCAAAGUGCUUACUUUAAAAAAACAACAACAACCUCACGAUGUGACUUCAAGCAUAUUUUAAGUUAUGGAAGUUUUCAGUCUUUUUUUAAAAGAUUAGAGUUUUUCUAGUUAAGGUCCAAGGGCUUUGACAGGCUCCUUGAGGUCUCUAAAGGGCCUACAGUGACUUUUCCACAUUCCAUGUAACACGGUUGUUUUUAGGAUAAUCUUGAUAGACCAAAAAGACUGAACUGACAAUGAAUUGCUUGGAUUCUUUUUAAAUAUGUGAUUCUAUGUGCUACCUAGUCUGUGAUGACCAACACAGGCUAAAGUUUGCAACAAAAGUAAGAUAGAAUCCAUAGCCAACCUGCUUCUUAUUUUUAUACAAUGAGCUUCCCAUUGCUUCUCUUUAUCAAUGUAUAUUUGAAUCUUUGCAUGAAAGCACAGGAACUUGUUUGCAAGUAAAAGCUUUCUUAAUUGCAUGUUUGGAAGAAAAUGUGCUGGAGGUGAGCAUCUAGAAAUGGCCACUUGGCACAGUAGGGUUUGGGACUGCCUUAGAAGAGAACCGUGUAGGCUCUGUCUGUAGCAAUAUCCACCUGGAGUUUGGGGGGUGGAGAUAAUUAGAAAGGGAAAGGGAGAAUUGAUGUUUAUCAAACUCAGGUGGAAUGGAAGUUAAUGGUUGUUGGUUUUUUAAUAGAAUAAUGUGGAUGUGAUUUUGAACUCCUUUGCUUUCACUUUGGACAUAGUAUGGAAGACAACACGUACACCAUAAAAUGCAAAUAUCCGCCCUGCUCUGCGUGAACUCAUCUAAUACAUGAUAUCACAUUUUACAUUGUUCCCCACCAGUGUAAGCAUCAAUAUAAAGCUCAGUCCUAGGUCUAAUCAUGCACUGGUUGGUUGUCAUUUUUUAAUGACAUAUCUCUUUGUCCACAUUUUUGUUUGUACUCUUAGGGUACAAGUGUGUUAAGCAGGUAACAUAGAUUAAAAAAAUAAUAAUGGUUGGGAGAUGGAAAGAGUAGAAUUAGUCCCUUUCUAAUUAUCUCCACACCUCAAACUCUAGGUGGAUAUUGCCAUUCCAUGCUGAGAAGCAAGAACUUUUGAGGACUGAUUUCAUUUAGUAAAUAUGGAUUAAAUAUUCCAGUUUGUGUAUUAUCUCAGGUCUUGUGCUCAAGAGUCCAGAAAGGGCUCAGGUUGACCAAAUAAUAGUACCAUGACUGAACACAACAAUAACAAAUGUAGGCUGCGUGCUGGUCCUUUCUCCAGUUCUAAAAAUAUAAUGCUGUUUAAUUAAAAUGGGUAUUCUAGAUUAAACAUGAGAAUUUAAAAAGCGGAUGGAGGGGGUCCAUAAGAGGUCUGAAGGCUCCAGUAACCCCUCCAGGAAAAAUGUUUGUCCCCUUUGUUACCCUCCUCUCCCUUAGGAGCUCUGAAUGGCAUCUGACAUUAACAGCCAUUAUUAACAGCUGAACAAAUCUCAACUUAAGCCCAGCUGUAUGUGGGAAUAUAUGGGGUGACAUUAACAGGGAAAUGGCGUCACAGGGUGACUUUUGUGUCCUUCUUUUGAGAUAAAACCUCAUUUUGUGACUGUUACCACUCAGAUACUAAUUUUAAGAGAAUUCAUUUUGGUUAGUGCUUCAAAAUAUUUUAAAAUAGAGCCAGAGAGAUAGAGUUUCCUGUAAAUGAUUAUAUAAGCUAACCUGAACAUACAAUCUUUACCCUGUGAGUUUCUGCUGAAACCUUUUGCAAGGCAAGUCUAAUGCUGAAGCUAACAAGAUACCAGAGUUCAUUUCUACUCUUUCCAUUUACCAACUAUUAUUUUUUUAUCUUAAUAUAUCAUUAAAACAAUAUUAAAUACAAAUAAAACCAUCUAAUGAACAAAGCAAUCUAAUAAAUACAAUCAAAAACCCAUUUGUGACAGGUCUGCCUCUCACAUGCACUUUGUCCUCUGAAAUUCUAAAAGCAACUAGGCUCUGAAAAUUACAUGAUUGUAAUUAAUGAUUACAAUAUAACUUAUCCGUAGAACUUGGAAAAAGUAAAGCAUUAGCAGAUUCAUCUACUUGGGCAUGAUUCUGAUGGUUUUUAUGAAUCGAUGGUCUUUUACUGAGUGACACUGACAGAAGAAAAUGUGUCUCUCACAUGGACAGUUAUACUUUAAAAUAAUUCUUGGUUAUGGAUGUUUGGUUAUCUAAAGAGCUAUUUUUCAUAGAAUCUAUGAGCCCUAUCUGAAAAGUUAUUUUCAGUAGACUCAUUGGUAGAGUAUACCUCUAACCCUUAACCAAAUCUAGCUUCUUUUGACAGAAAUUACCACAAUCAAGGUCCAAGAUAUUUAUAAUACAAUCCUGUACAUCUCUAACUAGAAUUACUUCUGAAUUUAAAGGGACAUUCCUAGAUAAAGUCUCUCAUGCUUCAAAUAUAUGUUUAUUAUAAGAUAUGUUGUGCUGAUUGCCUUUUCUUAAAACUCAGGCCUUGCUUUAGCAUGAUUUUUUAAUUUUAGGAAAUAAUUAAGUCUAGCUUUUAUUCCUCCCACAGAAAUAGUAGCUCCUAUAUGUAACAUUCUGUCAAAAUUCUUGUCAGUGAAAGUCAGAUUUUAGACUUCUUGUUUCCACAGUAUAAUCUUUAAAGCUAGUUGAUGUAAGUAGAACCUUUUUCACGUGCAGCUUUGUCUUCCUGCCAUGUUAGAUGGGAAGCAGCUCUAGUACUCUUAUGUCCUCCUUUGCAAGGGCUGAUGAUUCUGCAGUCAAGCAGAGAGUACUGGUCCAGAGCAGCCUGCAUCCACAGCGCAGGAUAUAACUUCUGAACAUUGGAGAAACUGGUGAGCAGAUGAAGGGUGGAUUCCUGCUUUGUAGCUAAAGAGCCUAUAGAUGUCGCAGACCUCUUCAGAGAUUCUGAUGUCUACUCUUUGUUUGGACAGAGGACAGCUCUGACCUUCAAAGGGCAUGCCAUGGGACAGAAUAAAAAUUGGGGGUCUGUAAUGGAAGGAAAAAAAUAAUAAUGAGAAAGCCCAUGAGAAUCAGUGGACAAAGAAUUCCAUCUCAGUUUCUCUGUUCUAAAUUAAUAAAUAAUGGAAUACAUUUGCUUCUGGGUUGACUUGAAAGACUUUCUAAGUGUUCUGCUGUAAAAUCAGUCUUUUACUGUAGAAUCAGUACAGUUCAUUGAUUCCCCUCACCUUCAGAUCCUCUGUUGCUAUAAUGAAUUUAUAAAUUAGAUUCUGGGUAGACUUGAUAAUUUCCCCCAUCAAAGUUUCUGCUGUACAAUCAGAUGUAAUGUUAAUUAGGAGAUGCAGACUUCCCCUGAUUGAAUUCUGUGCUAUGUGCCAUUUCUCCCUCUAUUCCUCCAUUAAAUGAAUUUUAUCAGUUAUUUCUUAAUUAUGGUCCCUUUGAAUCUGGGAGUCUGUGUGCAUUGGAAGGUACCUGGCAUUCAGGCUGAUACCCAGAAAAAAGUGAAUGGGAAGAAGGAGUAUCACACAUAGGUAUACUCAGAGGAUAACAAAAUCUAUGGGAUCCACACCAGCGAAGGAAGAGGAUGAUGAAAAGACAGUGGUAUUGAUAACAUCCAAAUCAAGGAAGGAGGUAAUGUAAAGCAAGCUUACUGUCAAUUUGAACUAAACUAGCAGGGCUAAAAGAGGCAGGAAUUUAAAAUUACCUUGUUUAAUCUGAUGCAAACUGCACAGAGAUGAAAGGUGGCACAGAAAAAUAGUACAUAAAACAGAGUUAGCCAUUAAAUUUGUGUUUGAUACUACUUGCUGCUGUGCCACUGAAAUUUAGCAGAGGCACUUGAGCCACAUGUAAGCCCUUGCUAGGGAGUGAGUGCCCAGGUUUGGAUCUCUGCUGUGUCUUGUACCAUUAUUUUUCCAUUAGGACAGGACUUGCAAUAGUAUCUAUAGAACCUUAACAUUGAAUAAUGCUUAAUUUUACAAACAAAAUCAUUAAAUUUUGGAAGAGUUUGCUAUUGAAACCUUGCAAGAUUUCAGGCAGUUGAACACAGCAUCUCAUGCAAGAUACUGGCAUUGUCACGUGAGAUUGUGGAUAUGAUAUCAUUGAACUUUGCAGAUUUUUAUCAUGAUUGUAUUACAGUUGUUUAUGCGCCAGUGCCUUUGUAUGAAAUAGUGCCUGGAAAAGCUUCCAGUUGAUAUACUUCAGGGAGCAACUUAAUAUUUUGAUGAUAUGGCUGCUGAUGGGAAGGGUUAAUUUGAAUGCUGUUUUCCCCACAUAAUUCAUUGAAAUCCUUGAGAUUUCAGUGGUCAAUAUUUGCUAUCAAGCUCAACCUAUUGAGGAGGAAAAAAUUCCAGUUGCUACUUGUAUUUGACUUACAAAGUGGAUGCUAAUGUUUAAGGUACUAUAAGAUUCCUUGUCGCUUCUUCAAAACUUUCUAAGACAGUGCACUAUGCACUCAGUAAGCCAUUUGCUGCUAUGAAACAGAUUUCAAUACUUGAUGUGUAUAUUACAGCUCUGAUUGUUGUAUAAAAACAAAAAAUAGCUAAUUAAACUAUUAAGUUUAUUAGCGUCCCCCUUUUCGGGGGAGAUGGGCAGUGAUACAAUUUGAAAAAUAAAUAAAUAAUCCUGUUAUGUUACUGUGAGCUAGCUUACAAUAUAUUCUUAUGACAUGAAAAGGAAGCAAUUACAUAGUGAUAUUUUUAAAAUAUCUGUAUAAUACUGUAAGGUUGCAGUUUUCUAGAGACAUUUAUGGGAUCGGUUUUGGGAAAGUAAAAUUAAGAAUUCCCAUUUUUCUGAUGAAAGCUGCCAUAUGAGAGUGGGAAUUAAUAUUUUAUAGCUUUGUAUCAUGUCACUGUAACCUUAGAAGAAAGUCUAAGGAAUCCAACUGCUUGAACCAGUGGAAUGUGCUUUGAAUAUGAAAUUAAGGUAUACUUGAAGUCGAUCUGAAAAUUUAGGUGACAUGUGAAAUAUGGGAAAUGUAUUUCAUUAUUAAAGGAAGGAAACUGUUGUUUUUGUUAGAAGAAAAGGAGACCAUGAAAAUCGGCUAACUUUUAAUGUUUAAAUAUGGAUUUUCAGUUUCAUCUCUUUCCUGUCACAGUCCAUACAGACAGCUAAAAGGUACAGCCUGAUUCAUUGUAUUUUGUCCAGCCUCCUGCCUCCCGCCCCCCAGCAUUGGUGUCUAAGUGGAAUGCAAGCAUUACUUGCAUUCUGCUUCUUGCCACGUUCUUUAUAGCAGCAUGAUGUCCUUCCUUGAAUUCAACUGCUAUUGUUCAAAUAAUCUUCCAAUUGCCUAUAUGUAAUUUACUUGCUUCUUCUCUGGCCUUGGAUUUUUUAAAAAAAAAUAAUAGUGCAUGUUUUUUUUUGUGAUGCUCUAUCUUUUGAUGCACCUGUUUGGAAGUUGCUCGUGCCAUGGAUAAGUUUCCAGCCUACUCCAUAUAAGACACUUGUUUGAAACAUAUGGAAAUGAUGAGAUACAAUAUGGUUUUUAAAACUGGAGGAAAAACAUACAAGCAGGUAGUCUCUGCAUGUAAUAGACUACAGCAAUUAUCCAUAGCCAUCAUGGGCAUUGUAAAGGAUAUUUGCUUGUGCCAAUGAGUAAUGGGGUUUUUUUUCCUUUAGGAUCUUGCAUGAUAAUCAUUUUUUAAAAAAAUAUAUCCAUUAAAACCUUUAAAAAGGUAUGGGGCAAAGACUGAGGUCUAAGUCCAUUUCAGAAGACAUGUCAUCUAGCUUUGCUCUAAGAAACGUUAGAUGUCAUAAUUUUAGGCCAAAUAUGACUAUAAGGACAAAUGCCUACCAUCUGUCCCAGUGAUAAUCCAUAGCUCUUCCACAAAUAUUCCACUGAUCUCCUUAAUCCUGUUUAUGCAUGUUGUCUCCCCCUUCUUCUGCUUCCUUUAGCCUUGCCAAGAAUAGUUUUUCUUCCAGGUCACCAUUCACUCGAAUCACAUGCCCAGCUUACCAAGUUUCUGCUUGUUGAUCACUGUCUCAAGGGAACAGUCUUUAUUUUCUUUAGAAAGGAUUGAUUGUCCAAGGUUCUCUCAGUAAUAGUCUCCAAAUCCAUAAUUUGAAGGUGUCUAUUUUCUUGCUUUUACUUUCGGUGCCCAGCUUUGACAUACAUUAUCACUGGAAAAAACACUGCUAUUCUGAAUUUUAAUGGCAUUAAAAUGUCCUUAUCCUUCAUGAACUUGUUUAAAUUUGUGAUUGUGUUCUCCCUACAAUCAAUUUCUACUUCUCCAACACACAGUCCAUCUUUAUAUAUUCUUGAACAUAAUGAGACAAAAGUAUCUCCCACUAUCAUUCUUCCCAUCAACUAUAAGUUCUCAAAAUAUGCAGACUGACAUUACCUUUAUCUUAAUAUUUAACAGUAACCCUGAUUGUUUACUUUCCAUUUUUGAUUUCAUAAUUUCAUAGCUCUUCUAUAUCUUCUUCACUUUCAGCACAACAUGGUGUUGUCUGCCUAUUUUAAAUUGUUAGAAGAGUUUUGAUCUCUAAUUUUUAUUCCAGCUGUCAUCUCUUCUAAUCCUUUUAUUAUUUGCUAAAUAAGUUAAACAAAUAUGGAGACAAUAUGCAUCUUUGUCUCAAUCCCUUCUGUAUUCAGACUCUCAAUGUUUUUCCAGACUCAGUUUUCACACUAAUGAAAAAUAUUCAGGCAGUUAUAUCAUUUAAUUGAUGCAUGGGAGGUUGACUUCCAACUGUACAUAUACGUAUUGGCAGUAUGAUCAUUGUUUGGGGUGGGAGGAUGAGGAAAAAGACAGAUAGACCAGUUGGAACACAUACAGUUAUUGAACUGAGGUGAUCCUUACCUGGGCAGAAAAGAGAUCUGUCAUCUGGGGCUUUGUGGACAAUAUUUACUUCCAAAUCUACCAUACAGCAAAACAAUACACUUGGUAUCCAGGAAUAUGACAAAAAUGUAGAGAAUAUGUUUAAUUAGCAAACUUGUACCUGGUGCAAGCUUCUCUCAAUAACAGAAAUUCCUGUCCUGUUAUUCCCAAACUAGCUGGACUGUAGAAUCUUCUUUGCUAGAAAUUUCCACAAAGUAGGGGACAGAAAAUGUUUUAUCAAUAUAAAGAGCUACUAAGUUACCCAGACAACAUGUAGCACAGGAACUACUAAAGCAAAUAAAACCUUUUCCAAUCUCAUAACAAUGAAUUCGAUUCAACGUGACAAGCUUUGGUCCUCCCCCAACUCUGUUAUAUAAAUGCUGAAUUGCUAACCGUGUGUGUGUGUGUGUGUGUGAGAGAGAGAGAGAGAGAGAGAGAGAGAGAGAGAACAUAUUCAAGUUUUGCAUACCAGGCCUACUCUGGAGGAUAGCUGUGUUUUUGAAUGCAGGGAUGUAACCAAGUUACAGCUUCACUGAGAGAUAACAAGCCCACGUAAAUGUCUCCAAGGACUGUUUAUUUCUGAUCAACUCAUUUCUGUAGGGUUUUUUUUUCUGUCUUCACAAUGUCAGAGUUGUUUCUUUGUCUAGGCAUGAAAUCAAAUGUCAGUAAUUAAUAGGCAACAGCACACUUCUGCAGGCUUGUUUGAGACACUUCCAUAGAAUUUUUUCCAGGUUGUUGUGAAUUGUAUUUUGCAAGGGCAUGUUGGCAAACAGAUUUGUACCCGCAGAUUUGCUCAGCUUCACUCUCACAAAAAAUGUGAUGGCUGAUCAUUAUUGAAAGGAUAAAUAGCUCACAUCUUUCUUGCUGCUCUUUCUAAUCUUCAGGGUAGCCUAAGUGCCUUAAAAAAAUCAACUUCACCCAUAGCAUGAUUAGUUGUUGCUUGAUUAUUUUGAAAAGAACAUCCAUUGUAAAACAAGUUAGGGAGAGCAUUGGGAACAUGACUGCUGGAAUUCCUUCCAACCCUUAAUAAUAGUCCUACCCUUCGUCACAUGAUGAGGAUGGAGGGGCUUAGAAUGGAGGAGUUGGCAGCAUUCGGGCUGCCUGACAGCCUCUCCCAUAGGGAUGCAUAGGGGGAGUUAUUCUACCGUGGUUUUCUCUGCAGCCCCUGCUUGGAUCAGGCCCAUUUUCAAACUCCGUCUUCCUUUCGUUGGCUGAUUUGCCUCCGCCAAAUUUGGUCCCAUUGGUUCUGUUUUUGGAGAGUUAUCCUGCUGACAAGGUCCCAAGAUCCUUUAUAUAAUUUCUAACAGUCUGUUGAGUUGGAAAGCAUAAAAAGCAACAAUUGGGAAAGUGGGUUUGUGGUAUCACAAGCACAAACUAUAGUCAGUGCUGUGUGCAUUCACUACCACUACUAUUCAGUCCUAGGAAAUAGAUUUUAUGUCGGUAUCCAACAGUGGGUUUAAGUCUCUCUAGCACCAUAGCCCUUUUUUAAAGGUAUAUCUGGAGAAACUUUUUAAAAAAGUUCUGAGAGAGCAGCUAGCCAUUGUAUGUUCUGUUUUUGAACCUCUUUUUGUUGAUCUGAACUGGAAUGAGAAUUCUGGCUCAUACUUAUAAAAGAAUAUUGUAUGUAAAGCUGUGUAGAGAGCUUCAAAAUACAUAGUACAGAGUCUUGGCAAAUGAAUUUAUCUGACCAAUAUUUUCAGCAUAAAUUGGUCUCUGUUCUGUCACCUGGCGCUGUUACAGUGGUUUGUGGAACGUAGAGUCCGCUUUCUGUGUUCCAGAAAACACCUUGAGGUAUGCACAAAGGCCAUCACCUAUGCACCAGACAGGUGAACCAAACCAAUGUUUCUUGCUCUCAUUUGAAGCCAGGUUAUUCCAAUAAAUUGAGCAAAUAUGAGAGCAAGUGUGUAAGGGGGCAGUUGCCCCUUGUUAAAUGAUAGUGAAAAUGCUCAUGUUAAGCCUGCCUUUGUGGAAACUGUAGGACCCCAGGCAUCCAUUUUGUGUUAAGCGUGUAUGCAGUGAACACUCUAACGUGAGUUCUUAGUGUGAGGUCUUUUUUGGCAUGCAGAGUUCAGCUUUUUUGUAUGGGGCUGUAUUUUUGUGUAAGAAUGUGCACUGCUGGAUGUUCCAGAUGGGAAUGUUUAAAAUUGUUCUUACACCAUUUGCUUUUGUGGAGUGGCGAGGGGGGGUCAUCUCUUUUUAGAACCUGCAGAUUUAUCACCGGUUCUCCUUGUUGCAUCAGUGAGUUUGUUUGGACCAUAUAUUAUUCUGGAGAGCAGCAGUAGCAUAGGUUCUCCUCUUUUUUGCUUAAACCAUAGAUGCUUCCCCCCCUGCUUUGGCUUUUCUGUUUCCUUGGCUGUAUUUUUCAGGCCUCACAACUGUUCCUUCAGUGGUGCAGUUUAGUGUGUGUUUGUGAUUUAGUGUCCAAUGCAACACUGGAGGGAUGGGGAUUAACAUGGUAAAAUGGUUUUGGACAAACUCCCUCAUUCUUAAUCUAAGUUAAGAAUGUACUUGUGACAUCCUCUUUCUUCAUCCAUUAGAGUUGACUUUCUUUCAGAUCUCAAGGUCAAGUAGGCCUUCUAUUUCAAAAUUUCUUAGACUGACAUUUUGGGGUUUAAAGCCUUGGUCACUUUCAACAGAAAACAGGAAGGACCAAUCAACUCUUCUGUAAUGUACUGUUUUUAAUAGUGUAAUUUCUGUUAAUAGCAUGUCAGUUGACAACUUUGUCAUCUUAUGUGCACUAUUUAUUUGCUGAUAUUAAAAGAUCUUGUCAUUCCUUAUCUUAAACACUCAUUUGUUCAGUUAAAUAACAUUUCAUGAUUCAGUUCACAACUUUGGCCUGUGUGUGUACACAAUUUUGUUUUGAGAUAUUCCCAAAUGAAGUUUCAGAUUACAUUUUUAGUAUAUCCUGUUACUGAACAUGAAUCCUAAACUACUUGUACUGUGGUUUUUUUAAAGUGCUGCUUAAAGAUAAAAUCUAAAAGGUGAAUUUUUUCUCCUGGAGAAUUUUGAAAAUUACUUUUGUGUAUUGUCAUGUAAAAUAAAUAUCUAAGUAGAAUUAAAACCUGAUUCUCCAGUGCUA